GAAGCGGAUUGAAAUUGCAAAAAUGCUCAAGUUUAUAAUAUUUUCUGUGUUAACCUUAUCUAUGUACAAGAUGGCCAAUUGCCAAGCAGAUCCGCAUUUGUGCAUCAAGCAAGUCGUUGUAAACUAUACGGAAAUCGUUACUAAGCCUAUACAAGACUAUGGAAGUUUGGCUAAAUAUUUCGAGCAGUUAAACAUACCGGCGGGGAACAAAACAGUGACGAAAACCAAAAUGGAGGAUCAAUUACAAUGUUGUGAAAACUACAUAAAGUCCGCCAAUGGAAAAUGUGUGAUGAUUCAGACUUCAACAUCAACUACGACUAAAGCAACUACUACCGAAUAUCAGGAUUCUACUACAUCAAAACUUUUGGAUACCUUUACCCAACCAACACAAACUAAUGCAUCUAAUUUAGUUACAAAAGAGAGUUCUAACCACAACCCGCUAAUUUGGGGCAUUAUUUGUGGUAUUUGUAUCUUGGCAAUUUGUAUAGCGGCUGUGAUUACUUUGCGAAUUCGCAGACGCCGAGGAGUGAUGGAUAUUGAAUGCCAAGAGGUGAAAUUCGAUACUGACAUGCAAAGAGAUCUAUUAGAAAUUUAAUAAAUCCUCAAACUUAUCGCUCAACAUUCCAAAAAAUAUUACUACACAUUUCAUGUGAAGCACUGUUCUUAUCAUUUAUAAUGAAAUGAAAAAAUAAAUUAAUUUCACAAUAGUUCGACAUUCCGUAAAACAAAAAAACAAAAAUGAUAAAAAUAUAAGAAGUGUGGGCGUGAUAAUAACUGAAGUCUUUGUUCUGAAUGAAUGAUUAUUCACAAUGUGGAUUUCAAAGUCUGCGAAAGUAAAACGAUAUUAUAUUUCAUCAUAAUUUUAAGAUAUUCAGUUCUUGAUAAAUAUUUUGAGAAACACAAUUCACAAUAAUUAAAUACAGAACCACGAAUUCCCUAAAAAUAAUUUUUAAUAUGAGUUUUCAAAAGAAUUUUGCAAUUAUCAUAAGUAGGAAAUGAAGAAUUUUAAUUCAUUCAUGCAAUUUAUUGAUAUUACAAAUAUAUAUUAAAAUACAGAAUUUCAUGUAAUAACAAUUAGAAUCAAUAAAGAAAGUAAACCAAA